UUUGACGUUGUACACAUUAGAGACUGUCAUUUGAUAUUUAUUGUCCGCGGCAGGGGAACAAUUUUCAUCAGUUUAAGGACACCCAGGAUGUUGCGUCUGCGUUGUAAGACCAAAAAUGGGAGCCACAUAAUGCAGGGCCUGACCCACCAGUCCAGUGUGCAGGAGCUGAAGAACAAGGUAGAGGAGCUGACUGGUAUCCCCUGUGAUGUACAGAAGAUCAUGGUUGGCUACCCUCCCUCCAGCUUGGACCUCCGAAACGGAGACGCUCACAUCAGGGGCUACCCUAUCAAAUCAGGAGACACUCUCAUUGUUGAGGAGAAGAACAAGGUAAAGACCCAGACAACAAAUUCAGCUGUAACCAAGGGACCCCGCCUGGAGUCUCCCCCGGUGCUGGCCAGACGGGUUGUUCCAGCAGACAACUCCUGCCUGUUCACCAGUGUCUCCUAUGUGGUAGAGGGGGGGGUAUACGACCCAGCUUGUGCCCCUGAGAUGCGAGGUCUCAUCACCCAGAUUGUGUCCAGCAACCCCAUGGCUUACUCUGAGGCGGUGUUGGGAAAGACCAACGAGGAGUACUGCACCUGGAUCCGACGUGACGACACUUGGGGCGGAGCCAUCGAGGUGUCCAUUCUGUCUAAGUUCCACCAGUGUGAGAUCUGUGUAGUGGACACGCAGACGGUGCGUGUGGAUAGAUUUGGUGAGGACGCUGGCUACCACAAACGCGUGCUGCUCAUCUACGACGGCAUCCACUACGACCCACUGCAAAAGGAGACGCCCGGCUCCGAUACUCCGCCCCAGACCAUCUUCUCCACCACAGACGACAUCAUCCUGGCCCAGGCCCUGGAGCUGGCGGACGAGGCGCGAAGGAAGCGGCAGUUCACGGAUGUCAACCGCUUUGCCCUGCGCUGCCUGGUGUGUCAGACAGGCCUAGUAGGACAGAAGGAGGCCCGGGAACAUGCCAAGGAGACAGGCCAUGCCAACUUUGGAGAGGUGUGAGUCAGAGCACUUCCUCACAACCACCACGAACCCGCAUGGCCCCAUAUCUUACAACUCUGUGUGUCUGUACGAUCCUCUACCUCACUUGAUCCAGCAUCAGACACCGUGUUCAGUCUUACCCGUUCAGUGUUACAACUACAGCUGUCAGCUCAGAGACUACUUUAUUGCAAGGUUAUGAGCUCAUAAAAAAUAUUCUGUACAAUUGUUUUGGGGACAUUUUUAGUCUCACCCAACACACAGUGGGUAAUUGUUCAUUGAAGUGUUGUUCAGUUUGUCAACACUAAUGGAGCAGAAAACUUUUUUAACAAAACUGGAGAUGCCUGGAAAUGCCUUACUUUGACAGUUUUAACUUGUGGCACAAUAGAAUAGACUCUCCAGUACUACCACAGAAAUCAGAAAUAUUUUUCCAGGGCCAUUGUGGCAUGAUACACGUUUGGUUUUACACAUCAAUGACAAUAUUAAUUAAAGGUUUUUGUUUGUGGAUGCCUCACCAGUACUUGAAAAAACAGUGAAAACUGUUGCAAAAUAUCAAAUAUAAACCCAGUAACUUGGUAGAAAAGCUGUUCUUUCAUUGUUUUGCAGUGGCAAUGUCUUUAAUAUUAGAUAAUAGCAGAGUUUAGCUAGAUUCCUUAUAGGUCAAUACAAUACCCUAAAUUCUUCAAUGGUGCUGUGACAAGCCUAUUUUCCUGAUGUAGGCUAUUACUGAAUUAUUUAUUUUAUUUUAUGCAGUGUGAGGUGUCUGCAUCUUGGUGUGGAACAUUAACAUUUCAUGCAAUUAUUAUUAUACCAUGGCACUUUGCCAUUAAAAGGCCAUGAUGCCAUUACCCAUAGUGGGAUUGGUUUUUGUUUAUUAUUUUUUGUGUAGUUUAUAUGCCAUUAUUAUUUUCCUGAACAAGACAUUUUAAUUGUUGUAUUUUGGACCUUUUAAUCUUGGAAUUGAUGGAUGAAUAGACUUUAUGAUAUGUAAAUCUAAGGGAUGAAUCCUUAUACAUUUGCAGUUCAGGUACUGUCUAAACAAUGUGCUUUGCAUCUCAACAUUCACUUCAUGAUCGUGUUUUUCGUUUUCAUCUCCCAUUACCCUCACUCAUAUUGUUGGACUAUUGUGAGGACCACCAAGUGAUGCCAUAGUUGUAAUGUUGAUCUAUGUAUGUUAAAUCUAAAUGCAUGUCAGAGGAAGACUGUGACUCUUUAUUAUACUUUCACCAAUGAAAGCCACCACGGGCUUGCUCUUGCCUGGAAACCCGACGUUGCAUUGAAUUCUACGUCGGGCAGAAAUGAGCGUUUGAAUCAGGAACGUUUCUUCUCAUGACCUCUACAAGCCAGAAUGUUGAAUAAAAUAAUAUUUUAAUGUACUUUACUGGUUGUCCGUGUGGUUGGUCCUUUUGGCAGUAGGAAUGUGAGACUAUAUUCCACAGGAAAUUAUAAUUACAUUAACUUUUCAAAGCGCUGGUAGUGCGUUCAGAUUUCUAUCACCUGAAGCAUGCGCAACAAGAUAAAAAUGCAUGUACAAGACGCAUGCAUACUUGCCGAGCUUGUGCAUGCUUCAGGUGAUAGAAAUCUGAAAGCACUACAAGUGCUUUGAAAAGUUUGUAAUUAUACUUUCUUGUGGAUAUAUUGUCUCACAUUCAUACCGCCAAAAGGGCAAAUCGCACCGACAACCGGUGCGAACAUUUUGGCUUGUAGAGGUCGUGAUAGGAAACUUUCCUGAUUCAAACGGUUUCUAGGCAACCCUUGCUCUUGAAAUGGAGUGGAGAAGACGUUGAGAUAGUUGAUCCCUUUAAACAUGAAUUCUGACUUUUCUUCAAGUGGUUGGUGUUGUUACUGCCAAAAAUAAUCCUGGCAUUAUUUUUGUUGGCAGAGACUAAUGUGAUGGUGAAAGGCUGGUGAUUUGUUAUUUUUCCCAUCAGACUACUAAUGCAGUCUAAAAGCGCUCACACAUCUAUUCCCAUUUUUCUAAACAAAAUAUUUAAUUUAGCUUUUGUCAGCUUGUCAUAAACAGAUACCAAAGUGUCCCUUUCAGAAAACUCUUGUGACUUGUUAUUUAUAGAAAAUCUUGUCUUACAAUUAAAUACUCUGGGUCAGGGCCGAGUUUGUGUGGUAGCCUAUACUGCCCUACAAAGGCAAAACGCAGUAACUACGAAGUUGGUCAAAAAUCUUUGAUCUGUUGUAAUGGCCAGGUAUGUUUUCUGAUUAAUGUGGUAUUUAGUUUCCUGACACAAGAACAAGCCAAUUCAUCAGAAUAUAUCAUGGCGUAUCAGAAAUUGCUAUCUGUCUAGACAGAAAAAGACUGAAGUCAGUUUUUGCAGUAAGAAAAAUACGUAGUUACUGCAUUUUGCCUUUGUAGGGCAGUAUAUGUUGCCCUGUUCUUGCUUGGACUUUCCAAAGCCUUUGGCGUGUAAGAGGUAUGGGUCUGGGGCAUGGUUUUAGUGCAGGGCUCUCCAACCCUGUUCCUGGAGAGCUACCCUCCUGUGUGUUUUCACUCCAAGCCCAGUUAUAACUAACCUGAUUUCAGUUUAUCAACUAGCUAAUUAUUGAAAUCAGAUUAGAGUUGGAGUGAAAACCUACAGGACAAUAGCUCUCCAGGAACAGGGUUGGAGAGCCCUGUUCUAUUGGGUGUUGAUGUGACUCAAAUAUGACUUCUCCCACGUUCCAUUACAUGGAUGUUUAAGGACACGUUCAAUGAAUGUUGCACACAAGGCACUACAGAGAAACUAGGUUUACUUGAUUUUUCACAAUAAAAGUCACCAUUUAGGAGA